AACUUGACAUCAAUAGUUUGUUGAUUUCUUGAUUUUUUAAAUUCUUUGUAAUUUCUUAUUUCAGCUUUGCCAUCUCUGUUCUGUGCAAUUGGGUUUCGGUUUUCUUGAAGCUAUUCUUUUCAAACAAGUUGUCAACAAGUCUAAUUAUUCCAUUUUGCAUUGUUUAAUGUAUGUAUCUGAUAUAAAUGAUUUUUAUUUCAUUAAGAUGUCGCCAUUUGUCUUUAGUCUUGAAGGGGUCAAACUGGGAACCUUUAUUGUUUAUGCAAACUAAGGAAUUGAACAUUAUACCCAAUUUACUAGACAGGGAAGUCCGUAUGUGUAUCUUGCAUGUGACUUGAUAAUUCUAAAUGACUAGGUGAUAAGAUAAGCUCAAAUUUAUUCUAAAUGGCAACCGCUCCGGCGAGCUUCGUUCACUACUUCCGGUGACUUUGUGUUCUCCACCGUAUCUCCAUUUAGCAUCUCUUCUCCUUCCUUCACUGAGAUCUCGAUUAUUCCAGCCAACUAGUCGAUUUCCGGCACUACUCCUCCGGUGACGCCACCUUUUCCUAAUUGCUUCAAGUUUUACUGAGUAUUGUUCCUGGGUUCGAUUCUGAAGUUUUCCUUAUUGCUUCAAGUUUACCUGAGUAUGUUCCUGGAAAACCAUUCGCGUUAAAAUCAUACAAUCUGAAUACGCAGCUGGGCACGUUGAUUGCAGCAGCAAUAUCCAUGGCGGUUGACGCUGCACAAAGGUGAUACCCCUUUAUCUACUAUGGCUUUGAAGUUAAAAUUGAGUAAUUUGUGGCCAAACAUACAUAAUUGGGAUAUAACUCCACUAGGAAAGGGCUUUUUUGAAUUUCAUUUCAAUACUGUUGAGGAUAUGCGAAGAGUUUGGGCAAUGGGGGUUGUGAACUUGAACCCCGGUUUGAUGCUAUUCUAUUGUUGGUCUAGUGAUUUUUCUACACAGGCACAGGCUCAAACACACGCCCAAAUAUGGGUCUGUUUCUUACACUUGCCCCAUGAGUAUUGGCGUAAGCAGACUUUAUUGGAAAUAGCAUCCGGACUCGGCACACCUUUGAUAAUUGAUGAUGCAACUUUACACAGGCGAUUAGGGAUAUAUGCUCGAGUUUUGAUUGAUGUUGAUCUCUCCGAAAAACUGUUUGAAUCCGUUAUUGUGGAAAGAGAGGGACAUGCUUUGUCCGUUAUGGUGCAAUAUGAAAGACAACCCUCAUUUUGCACUCACUGUAAAAUGUUGGGACAUGAAGUUCACAAUUGCAUAAAACUGAGCACUCUUAACAUGGAAGAAGGUACAUCACAGGUUCUGAAGGCACCAACAGGUCCACACCCAAUCAAGAAGCUACCUGCACACAAUGGGAAAGGCAAGAAACCUGUUGUGACAUCUGCUAACAGGCCUGCUGCCACUGUUACCAAACCGGCCUACAAGUCUGCAGCCAGUCUUAAUCAGCACCCAGACACAGUGGAUUUAGACACUUCUGAUCAAGAAGAGACUGCUAAGGAAGGAGAUAGGGGGGAUGUGGAUGAGAUUGCAGCAAUCCCGAAGAUUGGAACAUCUUCAACACUAUCUCUUCACAAUUCAUUUGAUAUUUUAAAUGAAGAUGGUGAACUCCCUAUAGGGGAGGCUAGGCAAGCUGAAUUAGAGGCUAAUCACAUUCCUAAUGGUGAGUUAAUUGAAAAACCUGUAAUGUUUGAUAUAGGCCCCAAGGAGUUAGCUAAUUCGACUCAAGUGGUUCACUCUAAGCUUCUUGUUGAUUUGGAAAAUAAGCUUCAGACUGAAACAUUAAGUUCAAACUUAACAACUCCAGUUCAAUGUAGCAAAGCAGGGAAGCUGAUAGGCUCCUUCGCAGCAUCUGACUCAGCUAGCCAUGCUUUGGACCCAACUCUUGACUUGCACUCUCUUUCUGCUGAGCAUAUUGGCGAACCUGGUAUGACAGAUAAAGGCUCUAAUAAUCCAGUUAAUGUGCCUCUAAUUGGACAUACUGUCUUAGUAAAAGAUCCUCAGUUUACUAUAUUGAGAUCAAAGAACACUGUACCUUUAAAACCACCAGACCCCUGCAGUACUAGGAAACUGCAACACUCAGAUAAUAUUUCUGUUGCAGAUAAUCAGGCUCUGAUCAUUACUUCUGCAAAGACUGUUGGCUGCAAAGCUACUCCUGAAAAGACUGACUGCAUUGCCACUUCUGUUUCUGUGUCAGCUAUCUUUGCUGGGGAUCCAAAUCUAAGCAAGCAAGCUACCUCAUCUAAAAUCGCUACUUAUGAUGCUACUAUUAUCACUCCCAUUACCACUUAUGAUGAGAAUCUUGGACCUGACAAAGGCAGGAUAUCUCAACCUGCCAACUCUAAAAAUACUUCUGAAGCUUGCAAGAAAAGUGAAAAACUUCUGAGCAAAUUCUGGGCUGGUGGGUUGGAUUCUGACCAUGCUCCUGAUGAGGAGACGGAUAUGAGUGAUGAGCAAGAGCAGAACCUUGAAAGAGAUAUUGAGGAGGGAAGUUUAUUCACUCCUUUUAUGUCAAGAAGGCAGAAGAAGAAUAAAAAGAAGAAACAUCCCAAUAAGCUAAAUGAUACAGGGGUUCAACACACAUUUAGUGAACACAUACAAACUCGUUCUAAAAAGUGCGUCAUCAAAAGCAAUCCCAAAUAUUUGUAAUUGUUUGGAUGGUUGUCAAUUCUUUCUUAGUGGGAUAAUUUUGAUUGUUUUGAUAUUUCUCUUUUUUAGUGCUAGAUGUGUUGGUGAACUUGGCUGCAUUUCCUUGUUUAGCAGCUUAGGUUUCUUUUGAUUAAAAGCAAAGCUUAAUCUAGAUGCUAGAAGUUACUUUGCAUCUUAGGAGUAGUUUUGGCUUGCUUUCUCUUGUAGGUUCUCUCUUUGUAUAGGGUUCAGGCCCUCUCCUGCCUUUUAUUGUUUUCUUAGCCUUUAUCAAAAAAAAUAUAGCAGUUUCAAAUUGAAUUUAUUAAUUACUUAUUACUUAUUGCUUCUUGAUUUCAUUGUGUUUGUUAAUAGUUUGUAACUUCACAUCAAUAGUUUGUUAAUUUCUUUAUUUUUUAAAUUCUUUGUAAUUUCUUAUUUCAGCUUUGGCAUCUCUGUUCUGUGCAAUUGGGUUUCGUCGUCUGGUUUCGACGUCGUUCGCAGCUCUUCAGCUCUCAUACUUCACUUUUCAAGCAAUGGAGAAUGAAGGCGUCAAAAGAAUAAAUGCGAGCAUUCCAGAUGUAGUUGUGGAACACAUUAUGCAUAACAUGGAUGACUUCGAACUCAGAAACCUCUUUCUCAGAUAUGUAGGGAAUGGAGGGAUAUGGAUUCAGAUACACGGAAACACAUCACAAUUCCUCUAAUUUACGCAUCCACUCCGGAAAAACUCAAGAAACGGUUUCCUAAACUUCAAUCAUUGAAGCUCAAAGGGAAACCUAGAGCAG